ACAAGGUUUAGUUGACGGGCGUUUAUUUUGAAAGUUGGUGCAGCAGGCGGCCAUCACGCUGCUGUCGCUAUUUUCAACUGCCUCACCAGCUAAAGACGCACUCAUCACGUCUAUAAUCGCAACACAAGAUUGUAGUCUUGGUUUCCCAGCCUCGAUUCUUUACUGAUGAGGGACUUUCGGCCCGACUGACACAGGGAGAUGGGGGUUCUCAAUAUUUCAGACCAGCCGCCUCUGGUCCAGGCCAUAUUUAACAGAAAUGCAGAUGAAGUGAAGUUAUUUUUGCACAAGAAAGAUGAAGUCAAUGCACUGGACCAAGACCGCCGCACACCUCUUCAUGCUGCUGCCUGGCUGGGGGACGUUAAUAUAAUGGAGCUUCUCAUCAAUGCAGGUGCGAAUGUCAAUGCAAAGGACCAUGUGUGGCUAACACCAUUGCACAGAGCAGCUGCUUCCAGAAAUGAGAGGGCUGUGGGGCUGCUGCUGAGGAAGGGAGCUGACGUGACCGUACGGGAUAAGUUCUGGCAGACACCACUGCACAUUGCGGCAGCCAACCGAGCCACGCGUUGUGUCGAGGCCCUGCUUCCCCAUGUGACCAGCAUGAAUAUGGCCGAUCGUACGGGCAGAUCGCCCCUGCAUCAUGCUGCUCAGAGUGGUUUCCAGGAGAUGGUUAAAUUGCUGCUGAACAAGGGAGCCAAUCUGAGUGCCAGUGACAAGAAGGACAGGCAACCCAUUCAUUGGGCAGCUUACCUUGGACAUCUGGAGGUGGUUAAGCUGCUGGUGUCUCAGGGCUCAGAUAAGAGCUGUAAGGAUAAGCGGGGAUACACCCCUCUCCACGCUGCUGCUGCCAGUGGCCACGUCGAUGUGGUCAAGUACCUGUUACGCAAUGGAGCUGAGAUUGAUGAGCCUAAUGCCUUUGGAAACACUGCUCUCCAUGUGGCCUGCUACACGGGACAGGAGGCCGUAGCCAAUGAGCUGGUGAACCGUGGGGCAAACGUCAACCAGCCCAACCACCGUGGCUACACGCCCCUUCACCUGGCUGCCGUGUCCACUAAUGGGGCUCUUUGCCUGGAACUGCUGGUCAACAACGGGGCUGAUGUCAACAUGCAGAGUAAAGAAGGGAAAAGCCCUUUGCACAUGGCAGCCAUUCAUGGACGUUUCACUCGCUCUCAGAUCCUCAUUCAGAAUGGUGGGGAAAUAGAUUGUGUGGACAGAUAUGGCAAUACACCUCUUCAUGUUGCUGCUAAGUACGGCCACGAGCUGCUUAUCAGCACCUUGAUGACAAACGGUGCUGACACAGCCAGACAAGGGAUUCAUGGGAUGUUUCCUCUACACUUAGCUGUGCUCUACGGGUCCUCUGACUGUUGUCGUAAGCUACUUUCCUCAGGUCAGCUCUACAGCAUUGUGUUGUCAAUGAGUAAAGAACACGUGCUCUCAGCCGGAUUUGACAUCAACACCCCAGACAAUUUUGGGAGGACCUGUCUACACGCUGCUGCCUCUGGAGGAAACAUUGAAUGUCUCAACCUGCUCUUAAGCAGUGGAGCUGACAUGAACAAGAAGGACAAGUUUGGAAGGACUCCUUUGCACUAUGCGGCUGCUAACGGGAGGUAUCAGUGUGUGGUCGUUCUGGUUGGGGCGGGGGCGGAGGUCAACGAGCGAGACCGCUCUGGCUGUACACCUCUACACUACUCGGCUGCAUCGACUGCGUUCUGCAGAACGGAUCGACCCCAUGCCAGCACCCACCAGAACCAAGAGGAUGGGGAGAAGGAAUCCUUCCUGUGUGUGGAGCAUUUGUUGGAUAAUGGUGCUGAUCCAUCUCUGUGCAACACUAAAGGAUACAGCGCUGUGCAUUAUGCUUCGGCCCACGGCAACAAACAAAACCUGGAGCUGCUUUUGGAGAUGUGCUUCAACACACUUGGAGACAAUGAAAGCAAUGGGUCCGUCAGCCCACUACACUUGGCGGUGGAGUCAGGUCACUGGGAAUGUGUCGCAGUGUUAAUUGAGUCUGGAGUGUGUGUGGAUGCAUGUGACCCGGUGGGGCGCUCUGUGCUGUACGUGGCCUCUCAAAGAGGGCAUGCCCGCUGCGUAGAGCUCCUGCUUGGCCAAUCAGCAUCUUGCCUGCUCACGGAAAACUGCAGCAAAUGGGGCCCUCUUCAUGUUGCAGCUGCCAACGGCCACUCAGAAUGUCUGCGGAUGCUGCUCUGUAGUGAGGGAGGAGCUGAUCUUGUUAAUGUUACAGACAUGGAGGGACAAACUCCACUAAUGCUGGCAGUGCUGGGGGGACACACUGACUGCGUGCAUCUGCUGCUGGAGAGAGGCGCUUGCCCUGAUAUGAGAGACAGGAGAGGAAGAACAGCCUUACACAGAGGGGCGGUGAUGGGUCGGGAGGACUGUAUAACCGCCCUGCUGUCACACAAUGUCUCAGUCCUCAGCAGAGAUUUUCAGGGGCGAACCGCGGUGCAUCUCGCUGCCUCUUGCGGCCAUGCUGACAUUCUCUCCAAUCUUCUUUCUGCUGCUGACCACUCCCAUCCCCACGACCCAAUCACAGACCGCCACGGCUACACACCCGCACACUGGGCAGCCUAUCACGCAGGUCAUGAAGACUGUUUGGACGUUUUACUUGAACUUAAACCAUGUAGUAUCCAGGAGGGAAACCCCUUCACCCCACUGCACUGUGCUCUCUUUAAUGGCCAUAGUGGUUCUGCAGAGCUGCUGUUGGAAUCCAGUGUUUGUAAUUUGCUGGUAAACAUCAGGGAUGCCAAAGGAAGGACCCCGCUUCACGCGGCCGCAGUUGCUGAGGACGUGGCUGGGCUGCAGCUGGUUCUGCGGCACGGAGCUGACAUCAACGCCGUGGACCACUCGGGGCGUUCUGCACUGAUGGUGGCCGCCGAUAAUGGCCAAAGCGGUGCCGUAGCCCUGCUGCUGCACAGAGCCAAAGCUGACCUGUCCCUCCUGGAUGUGAACAAGAACACUGCCCUGCACCUGGCCUGCAGCAAGGCUCAUGAAAUGUGUGCCAUGCUGAUCUUGAAGGAAAUCCACAACCCUAUCCUCAUAAACGCAACCAACAGUAUGCUUCAGAUGCCCCUCCACAUUGCCGCCAGGAAUGGUUUGGCCUCCGUGGUUCAGGCCUUGCUGAAUCGGGGAGCCACAGUGCUGGCAGUGGAUGAGGAAGGUCAUACGCCAGCCCUGGCUUGCGCAUCCAAUAAAGCUGUUGCCGACUGCCUAGCUCUCAUCCUGUCAACCAUGAAGCCUUCCUCCACCACACCUUCCUCAUCCUCACCCUCUUCUCCCAGCCUCAACCUGCUCAAGCACUGUGGCAUCACCGCCGCCUGCCCCCCCCUCCCCAAUGGAGGCCUUCACCAUGGUUACGGCAAAGAUCGCCAUGGUGCUACCAUCGGCUUGGAUGGCUGCUUGACCGAGUGAGGCGUUCUUACUUGUUUAAAAAAAAAAAAAAAAAACCCGCGUGGUCGCUUGUUUUGGUCCUCUCUACACACCUAGAUAAACCUAUAUGCAAUUACAGCCACACAUCCCUCCUGUGCCAGUAUCAGAGCUUUUCUUCACGUCUCAGUAGAGAGCGAAUACGAGAGGACAAAUUUAGCUAUUUAUUUCUAUUUAUUUUCCCCUUCCUGACUCCCAUCUUAGAUGCUGUCCAUUCAAUAUGAGUCUAAUAAGUCUAAAAUCUGAAUCUAAGCCAUCUAUUUCGAACCAGUAUCCAUCACUGGCGAGUCAGUCCUUUAUUUCUUCAUUGCAGUCGAUUUGACUCGGUUUAUGUUAGAAUUAUGCAGCUGUGUGUCUCCAUGGUAACAGUGAUAAUGGAUGGGUUUCCAUAUCAUGCCUCCUAUUUGCGUGAUGCUGUGGCCUUGCAUAGGAAUUUACAGCCUGCCCUGAGGAACAAUUUAAACGGGUUACACUAGAUUUGCAUGAAUUUGCGGGACCAUGUAUUUGAUAGUGGUCUUGUGUGUGUGUUUGUGUGUGUGCGUGCGUGUUUGCGCUGUAUGUGUGACAUCCACUUUUUGCGCAAAAGUCCAAGUUUUUCAUCCCAUACUUGAUUCUUACUUUUUGAGGUUUUUAUGUGAGGUGCAAUCUGAUUUAGCACAGAUCAGGAAAAAAAACAAACAACCUAGCAGAAUCAUUUUGACAGAAGGGAAACCAUACUACCUUAAGCCAAAAGACCAAUGACCUCCUGGUAGAGGGGUCUGAUAUAAUAUAAUGCUUGUUUACUGUUAGAGAGAAAAGGGAUAGAGUGUUUGGAUGGGUAAAUUCAUAUUAGGUUUACAAUUAAGGUAAUAGGUAGUCCAGAUCACUGUUUGCAGGGGGGCAGAAGAAAGUGGAGUUUAAAGUGUCAUAAAAAAUUAUGAAGAUACUACACUAAGGAAGUAUAGAAAGCACAAACGUCAUUACAGAUGCAAACGUCAUACACAGUACUUGCUCCUUGGGACCUUCGGUUUUAGUUAUUUUGGGUUGGCAGGGCCUCGUAAAAUAUCUUCAAUAAAUCUACUGCUUUAUUUGUUUAUUGUUAUAAUAUUAAGUGUGGAGUUGCUUUUACAGUGCCUACUGAAUUAAUUUUGUCUUUUUAGUGUCCAAUUAGUUAAACACACCAUAUGCACUCCCCAAAGUUGUUGAGAUGGUGCUUUGACCAGUGAAACAUUAGUAUUUCACUAUAAUCCAUCCAUUAUGAAAUGAUUACCUAAAUAGAUGGAUGUUUGAUUCCCUAUAUUGACGGAUGUUUGAUUCACGUAUCCGAACCCACUUGGGGGAGUGUAUAUGUCAAAGAAAUGAAGUGUUGAGGCUGAUUGGACCUUUUUACAUUUGUUUAUGGUGUUGGGGAGCAGUUAUGGGUAUGACCAAAGUUGUGUGAUUUCUGAAAAGCAUUUUAUUAGGCACUUGUAGAUAUCCUUCCCAAAAAAAAACAUAAUCUUUUCAAUUAUAAACCUUGCUUUCUUUUUAAUAAUAUUCACCCCUGCUCUAUAUAAAAUGCUUCCUUUUUGCCAAAGGUAGAUUAAUUAAUAAAAUUAAGAUUGUGCUUCCUUUUAGGUUUUUUGCACCUAAACACAACAUAACAACAUGUGAUUGAGUGUUUUUGAAACAUCCCUUUUUUUUUUGUUCACUACAAACAGGCAAUAUAUGCUCAGUCAGUAAUGAGACAAUCAGUUGAAAGGGCUUUUAAUUUUGCCAUAGAUUAUUUUUCUCUAAUUUUUUUUAAUAAUUAGGAAGAUCUAUACCCCUUCAAUUCAAGACAUCUACAAACUAAUGCAUACUUGUUCUCAAUUAAACCAAUACUAUUAUUUUCAUUACAGUAUAUCAGGAUUUUAGUGAUGUAGAUAUAGUAGCAUUGUAACUGAUAUUUUAUUGAUGAAUGAAGCGUAGAAAAAUGAAACUAAUGUUAGAUGUUUAAAGGCUGUGUGGAGAGCGUAUUUAUACUGGUUUAUGAAAUUACCUCUUUGUCAUUGUAAUGACAGGUUUUGGCUGCUUAAACAAGAUUCUCCACUCUCUACGCUGGCCUGAUAUAAAGCACUUGCUAGUUCAGUUACAAAAAAAAAAAAGGUUGGAAAAAUACGCUUUUGCAUCUAUCACAAGCUGUAAAUGGGCAAAUAUCUUACCUCUACUUGCAAGAGUACAAACGUGCAUGCGUGCAAAUCAGAUUAGUCAAGUUAUAUCAGUGUUUUGCUUGGGAAAUAUUUCUAAAUGGGCUACAUGACUAAGAGGAAGUUGCUUUUAAUUCAAGAGGAGUUUAAUUCAAGCUUAUUUACCUGUACUUGAUCUUGCUGCGGUUUGGUGGAGGGGAAGUAGUGCGUGUAUAGACAGCACAGGGUACGAUAUAGUUAAUUAUGAGCUUGGAUUUUUUUUGCACUGCCAGUUCUUCUUAUAGUUGUAGAAAAACACAUUAAUAUUUAUAAAUUUAGUCUAGUCAUAGCACACUUAGUUGAGUUCCAAGUGCCCGUGGAGCUUGUGAUUAGUAAUACAUUUCAUUUGGUGCAAGAAAAAGUGCUGCUUUCGGUUUGUAUCUUGGAGCUCAUUUUUUUAGAGGUGAUCUUUGUCUAUUUAUUAGCUAUAGUAAUUCUUAUCCAGCCAAAACAAACUAAAAUGUACUUGUUCUAAUUCCUCCAAUUUCUAAUUGUCUUAUUGGCAUUGCACUAAAAUUGUUUCGUCGAAUGUAUGCCGUGAUAAAAGCAGCUUGCUUCGAUGUUGGUGAAAAUCUUGUAUGCAGUAGUUGGCGAUUAAAUAAUUAGCUUGACGACUUUGUAACUGAACCCUUUCAGAACUUUUAAUAGAUUGAGUUGGUGUUCUGUGUUCGAACAAUAAGGGAACCGGUCACAAAGUGGCAAGACUUUAUUUUUAGGGUAGAGUAUAACUUGUAAAGGGGAGUUGCCUCCCUAAAAUCGUUUAGUGCCAUAACUGUUCUUUUCCCUUUUGCAUUUCGACACAUUUGUAAAAUGUGAAUGAAUGAUUCCUUGGGUUCAGUUUUUGAGUGUGCAUCAAGACCAUUACCAAAAAGAAUAACGAAGUCCAAGCAAACAUAAGCUACUGUGCCCAUUUUUAUUAAAAUAAAUAGCUUUUUGUUUUCUUUUGGAGAUCCACGUAGUGUGUUAAUUAUUGUAAAAUGCCAGUACAUUCACAAUCAGACUGUCUCAAAAGGCCAGUAUGUUCUUAACUAAGCUAAAUUGAUGGGCUGGUUAACUCUAAGUGGAGCUCCCCUCCACCCGUUCAAGUGAAAGCUUUCAUGGCUAAGCCAUAACUUAACAUUUGCCCUUAUUAAUUGAAUAGCCGUAGUCGAGUCGUUCAGUCAACGGCUCCUCUAAAAACAAUAUUUUCUAAAUCUUCCAUUGUAAUUGAUCAAACCCACCACGAACCAUUGAUAACUUGAGGUUUAUGUCUACGCAAUGGAAUUAUGAAACGCCUUAAUUUCAUUAUCAACCGAAGGGCAAAUUUGAAAUUUACCAAAAUGACGCAUUUUCUUUAGCUUUUCUUCUGGAUCAACAAAAUGUGCAGUUUAAGGAGCUUUUUGUUCGUUUUUUUACACAACUUUGCUAUGAAGGGCCAGCUUUCAUUGCCUGUUGACCGAGCUAUAAUGGUUGCAGUUAGUUGUAAACUAGAGUUGUCUAAUAAUUGUAACCAUUUUGUUGGAAAGCAGAUUAAUUGUAGCUAACUCGGUGUCCUUAUUGUAUGUCCAUCCUUGCAUAUUUGUACCGAUAUCAUUUGUUUUUCUCGCUAAGGUAUUAAUGGCUGAUAGAAUGUCUGAUUUACCUCAGCGGACCUCAGCGUCCCUACUACUUGAAGACACAUCCGUUUAAGGCAAUACUCAAAACACCCGUUUCAUUUAACUUUUGUCUAUCUCCCAACUUUUUGCCUUAAGAGGAAAUGGUACAGUUCAGCGAUCGCAGCACUUGAGAGAUUUUGUCGUUAACCUGGUAUCUCGUUUCGGUGAGAUUCAUAAGAAGCACAGUUUUACAGGUUGUUUUGCCGAAAGAUGUACCAUACUGGCUUUUCUGGCCUAAAAAUAAUCAUUUUCAUGGAAUUUAUUAGAAGUUUUUGCACUAGAAUAUAGAAAAAUACAAAUUUAGUGUGUUUUUGUUUAACACGUAUUAAGCUGUGUGUGUUUUCUUUCAAUAUUUGACCAUAAAACUAGAAACUCUUUGAGGAAAAGAAAAUCACGAUGUUGUUCUCCUAAGAACUGAUCUUCACACUUGAAUGUGACUUAUAAAAACAUCAUAGUGAAAGUCUGCAGGGAAAAAUAAUACAUAUUGGAAUGACUUUGGAACUAAAACAAGUAAAUCAAAUAAUAUAAUGGUAAAUUCUUUUAAUUUAACCUAAAACAGGUUAGAUUUUGUCCCCAUUUUUUUCACUUGUAAAACUUGUGUAUUGUUAUAAAUGCAAAUAUUUCUAACAAGGUAAAUGAGAGAAGCACAAGAUGUGCAAGAUUCCUCGCGUGUGGUCGGUAUUGCCUUGACUUGGCAAUCUUACCUCAACUAGCAGUCCUUAUCGUGCUAUAAAUACUGGUACAUGUCAUUUGGGUGGGCUUUUUAGCUACGCAACUAGAAUCCUAAGGUCACAUUCCAAGGCCUUGAAAUGAGAAACAUUGGAGUUUUCAAGGGGUGCUCUUGAACUUAAAUGAUGUCCUUCACCAUGCUUCUACUUUAUAAGCGCUAAUAGUUCAAAUUCUCCAAGCGAAUGAUCUAGUCAGAAAAAAAGCUGCUUUUUGUUGUUCUCGCCAGCAGCUUGUUUUCAUAAGGCUAUUUAGAAGACCAUCAGAGCCGGACUGAAUGGCUGAUCUGACAGGGCACGUAGGGAUCCCUUUAAAACACAUUUUCAUAUUUAAAAAAAAAAAGAAAGAAAAAGCUAUGCAGGAAUAUUUUCUUUUAUCUCACAUAGUUGCAUAGUGCCACCAGAGAUAGCCCAAGAGCUUCACUGACCGAUCACGGACCUUUCAUCUGUAAAUCUAACACCGACCUCACUUGCUUGUUGGCUUCGGUUGAGAAAAUGACUGCUUUGCGUGGCAUGCUGCUAUUUCUUUGGAGUCUGCAAGCAUCUUCAUCAUCUCUUUAAAGUACUACACUUUGUGACGAGUAUGUGGGAUUGUGCCUUUUGUUAUCAAGUACAUGCCACAGGGUAUGGUCUUCCAUUAACACCUUUAGUGAGCCUUAUGAAUGAACAACUGUUGUAAGUAUCAGAUAUAGCCACCAUCCACGAGGUUGCGUUUUGAGCCGUCAAAACCCGCGAUCAAAUUCGUCACAACACCGCAAAUGAAUCGGUAACCUUUGUAAAUUUAAUUCAACCAUAAUGGCAAAACAUUUGAUCGGUUCUAGCUAGUGACCUGUUCAAACUCUGUAUGGAGAAAAAAAAAAAACGUGUUUAGUUUUACGAAGUGUGAACUCUUAGUGAAGUAGACGUGUGCCGUGUCGUUUUUGUGUGGUAAUGCAUUGGAGAUUAGUUGUAACCCAGUGUCCUGUAGAAUGUUGGCAUGACUCCUUUUCUCUAUGUUGUAUUGACGUCAAAGUAUCCACCUGAAAUGGACUGAAGUGCAAUAACUUUUUUGUGCGCCAUAGUAUCCUUAAUGGAGGAAAAUGCCCUCUUACAUAAUCCAUGUUUUUGUUUAUUUCUUCCUUUAAGCAGGGUAUUUAAUUUCACUUAUUUAUGUUUUUUUGGAUUGUACAAAUUUGAACUCCUUCCUGCUUUGCCUCCGUAAGUGGCACUUUCUUGUGGAAUGUACAAUGGACUUGGUGGAAACUGUGAUAGGUGUCAAAGCCUUAUCGAUACUUCUUGCUUACUGGAAAGAUGGCAUUUCUGUUUGUUUAUCGGUUGAUAGGUCAGAGAGUGCCGUUUUCCAUGAACCUUCUUCUGCGCCACUUAAAGUCAAGUGUCUGCUUUUUGUGGCACGUUUAAGCAUUUGUGUAUGUUUGUGUGGGGGGGUGUUUAGACCUGUUCAUUUACCUCUGAUCAAUUGAUACCAAAAGCAAAGUGCAUUGCCAGGAAUUACAGUUCUUUUUUGGAUUAGUGAUUGUGAUAGAUGUAUAUGGAAAUGGUAUCUUGAAUGUUGCUGUUGUUGUCGUCACCAGUGAAAUAUGCAGGUUUUUUAUUUCUCCCCACACAACAUUUGAACUUUGGGCCAUAUGUUCUGCGGUACCAAAGAACGUUUCAUUGCUGAUCUUUGGAUCAGUUUUGUUUUUUUGUUUUUUUCUGCUGACAUCAGGAUCCCAAUAUAUUUGUUGUUUCAUGCCUUUUUGACAAAUUAAAAAAGAAAAAAAGAAAAAUGGAACUUGUACCAUAAUGAAACAUUCCUUUGAAUUUCAUUGAACAAAACAGAGAUACCGUUGGCAACUAAUACCAGAAGUCAUAUAAUAAUGUUCAAAGUUGCAACUUAACUUUAAGCUCUUUCAUUUUGGCCUCAAGCAAUCGAUGACUUCAUAUUUGAUAUCACAGGGAGCACACUGAAUAAAGUAAUCCACAACAUAGGACCAAUGUAUGUCUCUGUAGAGAUGGCCACUUGAUUUCAUUGAAGAACAAGCAAUACAAGUAUCAAGAGACAAUUGUAUAUUUCUAAAGAUUUGUUGGCUCUGGCUGCUUUUGGCCUGGCUAUGUAAUCUGUGGCACCUUAGGUUAACACCCUCUUCUUGUAACUGAAACCAACAUAAGAGAUUUCAGUGCUGAGAGAGCCUUAUUUCAGUCAAACUGAAUGUGAAUUGGAUGUGUGCAGGAUUUGGCCAUUUCAAAGCGACUGGCUUUAAUCGAGCGGACCUCGUUUGAAUCCAGUUUCACUAAGACCCGCCGUCUUUAAGACUUUCCAAAAGAUUGCUGUUUCAAGAAAAGCAAAAAUACUACACGGUGGCCACGUUUCCAUCGGCGAAACGCCGAACCUAAAGGCUGGGAUAGACGAAAGGCUCAUUUAUUUCUGAUAAAACAGGGUUACUGUCGAGCUCCGCUUGACCAUGCCAAGUAUUCGACUCGGUGAUGUGACGGAAAAAACGCAUUACGACGUGAAGGAAAAUGUGACCCUGACUUUAAAAAAAAAAAGAAGCUGUUUACUUGAAUCGAAACCCAAGCGGUUCUCUGCUAAUUGUUUAGACGAUGGAAACGUCGUCACGAUCGUGUAGGGCAGCACCCGGUGUGUAUGCGUUGUACGAGUGCGAUAAACAGGGGUCAUAUCAACCCUGUAUACCUCAUCGACAUAUCUGCAAAUAUUCUUAUCCUGUCUUUAAGUUAAAGGUGUAGGAGAUACCAUCACCAGCAGAAGCCUGGGACCAUUGCAGGGUCUAUGACAUCACACCAAUUCCAUAUCAACCAAUAAGAUCACGACUUGCUUGCCGCUUCAAGUCUGACUCCUACACGCAGUGUCACAAACACAAUGGUUUAGAAUUAGCGAAACGUGAGGCAUUUUAAGUAGCAUUAUCCUACCUCUGUGUUACAGCUUGAUGCAUCUAAAUCUCCACCAGUUGUUGACAAAUGGAAAUAUAUAUGUAUAUGGAACAGAUAUAACUUAUAACCAACAAUCGGUGACGUAAGACAACAAUUAGUGUACUCGACUGUGUGUCUGUCUGUGUCACAUGACAUUUGUAAGUGUAUUCACAAGAGUACCACUGGAAUGUGAAGCCAGACUGUAUUAUGAUUUUAUUUGUGUGAUGAUUUUAUUUUUGUUUUGUUUUUUUUUUCUUCAAAAUUCAACUUUCUCCCCAUUAUAUUUCAAAUGAUGUCAAAUGUGUCUUGCCUCUAUCGCUUUUUUUUUGUUUUUUGACAAAAUGGAGAAAAAUAUCAGCCUAUACUAGCUGGCAUUUACAUUUGUGCUCAUUUUUGUGCUCCCCUCCGUUUUUUUUUUCUUCUUCACUUUCUCUCACUUCUAAAUGUUCACUGUGAGCGCUCUGAACUCAAGUUUACAGCUCUUCAUGGUAUGUACGUGUAUUUGGUCGAGUUCAGUAGAGUGCGUGGAUGGUUGUAUGACUUUGGUACUGAAGCAACAACUCAAUUUUCUACUGGUGGUGGGGAUUUGAAAGGGGGUUGGUUGGUUUGAGUUAUGCACAUUCUUUCUGUACUAAAAUAUUGGGGUAUGUAGAAUUCCCUAGCCUUACGCCCUUCCAAAAACACUACGCCGGUCACUGGCUAAUUCGCGUUAGCUAUCCACCACCCUGCCAACUUUGUACCUCUGUACAUAUCCAUUUUGGACCUGGGGGCACGGGGCGAAUUCGGUGGAUUCUACCUGAAUCUGUCAGGACGGUCACGUGACCCCCUCCUAGACUUGAGGAAGGAGAACCCUCACCCUUUCAACCCCACAAAAAGACCUCAAGCCAUUCAUUUCCUUAUGUGACAAUGCAAUCCUGAAAGCACUUUGCCUUGUUAAUUCAUAGUAUGAGCUUGUGAAUGGUUACUUGUUACUAACAGAUGUGAAACUCUGUACAUGUAUUUAAGAAAGAAAGAACAUAAUCGUUUUUAAUUUGAGCUUAUUAAAAAUGAAUUGGUCUCUCUGACAUUAUAGACAAAAAAAAAAAAAUCCCAUAUGUUUUUGUUAGUCAG